ACACACACAACAUCCACAACACACACAACAUCCACAACACACACGACAUCCACAACACAAGAUCACGGAAAGGAAGUGAGAGGACAAACAAACCUCACUACUUCCUUAUAGCGCUUGGGCUGGUGGGACUUGUAGUUCCCCGGGUUUUGUCCUUACGGUGAUUCCGUAUUUGCCCUCCUCUGGAUAUUGUUCAUGCGCAGAACAACUGUGUCUUUUUGAGUUACGAGUCAGUAAAGGCUGCAAUGUGAAAUGCUCGUGUCAGUGUCAUCACUUUAAACAAGUCGUGCAUAAACAGCACUCCACGAUGUAACAAAGUUGGCGACGAGGAUAAACUCUCUCUCUCCCUCCGAGAUAACGUGCUAUUCAGCUGACGGCGACUAGUUAACCGCGACGGCGUCGAGCAGUGGAAGCUAACAGGCAAAACGCACGCGAGUCAUGUCGUGCGAUGCUCGUCGCGCUGGGAAAUAGCGCAAACAGAGAACGGCAACUGCACACCACGAAGGCGACGCCAAACGGCACGGGAGGGAAAGGAGUCCAGUACAAAAGAAGAGUGAGUGGUAAAUUACACUGACAAACAGACCAAAAUGGCGGGUCUAGUGGGGCAAAUCGGACCAUAUGAUGAAACUGUCGAGCAGUGGAGCUCGUAUACGGAGCGGUUCGAUUAUUUUGUCACGGCUAAUGGGAUAAAAGAUGAGGUUCUAGUACCAACUUUUCUCAGUGUAAUGGGUUGUAAGACAUAUAAUCUACUACGUAGCCUGGUCCAGCCUAAUAAACCUGGUGAUAGCUCAUUCAAGGACAUUGUAACAAUGCUCCAGGAACAUUAUGCACCAAAACCACUCAUCAUCGCUGAAAGAUUCCGCUUUCAUAAACGCAACCAAUUAGAAGGAGAAUCGAUUGCACAAUUUGUUGCUGUACUGAAGCGUCUGUCAGAACACUGUGAGUUCGGCACAACACUGAGUGACACCAUAAGAGACAGAUUUGUGUGUGGGUUGCGUAGUGAGACCAUUCAAAAGCGACUCUUAUGUGAAAGUAACCUAACGCUAGAGUGAGCAAUGGAAAUCGGUGUAUCCAUGGAAAUGGCUGCAAAAGAAGCACAAGAGUUAAGCACAUCCAGUCAAGUUCACAAUGUGUACAGUGAAAGAGUGAAACAGGAUGAUAAGCGAGCAUGUUACCGCUGUGGAAAGAGUAGUCAUAUGGCACAGGAAUGCUGGUUCAAAGACAAAGACUGCAGAAACUGUGGAAAAAAAGGCCAUAUUGAACGUGUGUGCCAAAACAGAAAGCAAAAUGAGAAAGCAAACCCAGCUAAACCUGGAGAGUUCAAGAAAAGUUAUGUCAGAAAACUCAAAAAGAAAAACGUGAAUCAAGUGAAAUAUUCAGGGAAACAACAGGAGGAUGAAUCUGAUGAAACUGAAUACUCGCAUGUAAUGUCUGUGUCUUCAAAUUCUGAUGGCUACUGGGUGACACCACUUCUAGAUGGAAAAGCUGUCCCAAUGCAAGUGGACACAGGAGCUGCUGUAUCGCUCAUGGCAGAGUCAACUUACCGAGAGAAGUGGCCAUACCUCUGUCUCAAAGAAGCGAAGCUGAGCUUGAAAACAUACACAGGUGGAUCCUGUUUCCCAAGAGCUGCUGACCAUCGUGACACACAAGGGCCUAUACAGGUAUCAGAGGCUUCCUUUCGGCAUAACUUCGGCUCCAGCGUUGUUCCAGCGGGCCAUGGACCAGAUCCUGAGUGGAUUGAAUGGAGUACAGUGUUAUCUCUUGAUGAUCUGUUAAUUACAGGGAAAGAUGAUGAAGACCAUCUCGGGAACCUGAACGCAACACUACAAAGGCUAAAAGAGUAUGGCCUUCGGGUGAAGAAAGACAAAUGUGACUUCUUCCAGCCCACCAUCGAGUACCUAGGACACGUGAUUGAUAGCGCUGGUCUUCACAAAGCUCCAUCAAAGGUAAAAGCUAUUGUGGGUGCGCCGUCGCCAAAGAAUGUAAGCCAACUGCGAUCAUUCCUAGGAUUGCUAACAGUUCAUGCCAAACCUUUCCAGUAGACUUCGUCCACUUCAUGAACUGUUAAACAAGUCAAACAAAUGGAAAUGGUCUGACAAAUGUGAAAAGGCAUUCAGAGAUGUGAAGU